GGAUACAAAAUGUAAAUGUGUGCCACUAAUAGCAGAGAGAUUAAUUUUCCAUGUAACUGCGUACAUUUAGGUUUUUCAACAUGCAGCGAUGGGUCACCACGGUUACUGCCAGCAAUCAACAAACGAGGCCAUGAGGUUGUCCGCUCGGUUCAAUUAACGAUCAAACUUUUCCAAAUAUAAUGCAAUAUGAAAGUGUGUCAGUCAAUCUUGUGAAUUUUUCUUGUUCCACCAAAACUCCACAGAUUUUCAAACUUUCGGCAACCCCACGUAUACUUCAAAUCUAAUUAUUUCUUUCCCUUACUCAAUUUGAUCAUCAGAACCAGUGAAAGUACAUAUUAGCAACAAGUAGAACAAGUCACUUUUCAUUUUCCAACAAACAUAAGUCAACUCUACAUAAGACAAAAUGCCAAAGAAGAAGGCAGGAAAGAAGGGGGCAAAGAUUAUCGAUGGAGUGGCCACCAACGAAAUGACAAGGGAGCAGCUCAUGGGCCACGUCAAACGGAUGCAGAUGGAGUUGAACAGGGAACGAGAGGAGAGAAAUUUCUUCAUGUUGGAACGAGAAAAAUUGUAUGCUCUCUGGAACAUCACGUUGGAACAACUAGCCGCAGCAAAGACGGAAACACGACUCGCAGAUGUUCGAAUGGACGAUAACGAGAGGAGUCGUGAAGGAGAAAUGCAUGUGUACAAGCAGAAGCUCCGAUUUCUCAUGACGGAACAAUCCCGUCGCGUAGCAGAAGUCCGACUUCAUAACUUGCAACAAAUGAAAUCUUUUCAAGAAUCCACGUCCUCCAUACAAAACUCGAUGCGUCAAACGAUUGAAAGAAAAAAUCAGGAAAUCUCCAAGGGUCAAACCUCAAUUUAUACCAUGAUGCGACAACUGCAGUUGGAAAAUGCUGAGCACGCGUCCAAACUGAGAUCCGAUUUUUGUGCAGAGCUCCGUCGCAUAGAUUCAACCUUUGUGAGAAUGAUGUAUGAGCGAGAAAAGGCUCAAGAAAUACAGGAAGCGGCCGAAAUUCAGAGAACGCAGCAAGAAAAAUCGGAACAUAUUUCUCAGCUAAUGAACCUCCAUCAAACUCAAUUGAAAGAUAUGAAAGAUUACUUUAAUGAAAUAACUGCCAAUAAUUUCGCUGUGAUUUCCGCAUUGCAAGAGGAACUCGCCCGUCUGCGGGAGAAGGAACAAGAACUCACGCUCGAGGUGACCAAAGGUCGAAAAGAGGUUCGUAAAUUGGAAGAAACUGUUCUCAAGGGAAAGGAGGAAGCGGAACAAAGGCUUCGGGACGAUAGAAAAUCUGCGCAAGAAAUUAAGCGUCAAUUGGACCUGUGCACAAAGAGAUUGAAAUACAAUGAUAAGUAUGCCCAUGGUCUCGAAAUCAGUAAUGAGGCAUUGUUUCAAAAGGUCGAAUUGGUUCAACGAGAACGUGACGUGCUGAAGGGAUCCUUUACCAAAAGCAUAGUUGACAUGCAGAAAAAAUCCAACAUGCACAAACUUAUUUUAGAAAUGAAGUUAAAUUCCAUGUCCAAGUUAAGAAAUUACAGAAAAACUUCCACUGGUGAUCAAGAGAAGCUAAAACGAAAUCUGCAGUUCCAAUCCAGCUUGAGGGGAUCGAUUUCUUCGGAGGGGGAUAGUUCUAGGGGGUCAGCUGCUGAAGAACCAUAUGUGAGUGAUAAUGAUGACCAAGAUGAUGAUGGCAAUUUAAGGAGUGGCGUCGAUUCUGGAGGUACUUCAGCACAAGAUUAACUGACGUAAUUAUGUUCACUUUAAAUUAUUUGUUUCUAAUGUACUUGUUAAUCAGCCUUGAAAGAAUUUGUAUAAAACUGAAAAUUUUUGUGUUAAUAACUUGUAAAUCAACAAAAUUAAUAUGCAU